AUGAAGAUCCUCACCAGCAUUCUUCUCAUCUGUGGCCUAGCGUCCUUCGUGAUCUUCAUGUCAAUACUACAACCCCAGAACUUCUACGGCAUCGAAUACGAUAUUCGAGUCAUCAACGGCUUCACAAACAACUCCUCCCUGCCUCUUGUCAUCUGGUGUGCAUCAGAACACAGUGAUCUUGGUGGACGAGCGCUUCAGGAGCAUGAUGAUUUCAGCUGGAGUCUGAGGACCAAUUUCUGGGGUACCAACGACCAUUUCAAAUGUACAAUGAAAUGGGACCGAACAAGAAAGAGCUUUGAGGCCUUUAAGGCUCCCAGGGAUACACAGAGGUGCGGUCCUUUUAGGAAGUGUUCUUGGUUGGUCAGAGAAGAUGGGUUCUAUUUCAGCAAUGAUGAAGUAAACUGGAAAAAAGAUUUUUCAUGGUAA